CCAUAGGGACCGAUUAGGAGUCAACCCAUUCGACCACUUCGAAAUUCAUGAGUGCGCAUUUUCAGAUUUUCUGCAGCUACGUAGAGGGAUACUAACAAUACAUGGACUAGCUUGUUAGCUAGAUCUCAACAAAUGUAUGCAUACUUACACUUCAGUUGUGCAUUUAGUUUAAUUUCAAGACCAACCUUCCUCGCCUGAAGAGCACUACAGUGUAUUUUUAGCCAACAUGGCUGAGGACAGCGAGUGGGUUGUGGAGAGCAUCGCUGGAUAUUUGGGAAGUCCUGAAUGGGUCAUUCCAUACACUGACUUCUUGGAAAACAAAUGCACAGUUUUUGAUGACGAAGAUGAAAAUAAAUUGACUUAUACAGAAAUCCAUCAGCAGUACAAGCAUUUGGUGGAGAAGUUGUUAGAAACCUACAUGCAAGAGGUUGGCAUCGAUGAGCAGCAGUUUUUGGAGGCAUGCUCCUCUCCUUUUGCCAAGUCCAAAACCUUACAGCCUGGUGGAACAAGCCGAGCGCAUCGGUCAGUCUGCUUGACCAGGCCACUUCGGUUGCAUUGCAAGCAAUCAAGAACAAGAAAGACUGUAUUCCAGCCCGUCCUGGCCACAGACGACUUCCAGAUGUUCAGAUCUCUCAUGGUGCAGAAGAACAUGGAGCUCCAGCUCCAGGCGCUGCAGGUCAUUAAAGAGAGAAAUGGUGCCCUGCCUGAGUGUCUCACAGAUGGAGCAGACGUGAUGAGUGAACUGGAGCAGCAGGAGAUGAAGAUUAUACAGGAGGUUCUGAAGAGGUCAAAGGAGGAUUAUGACCUAGAGAUGGCUCGGCGACUGCAGUCAGAGGAGAUCGGCUCCACGUCCAGAAGCUGCUCUGAUAGGCCAGUUCUAGAGGCAGUCACCUCCAUUCAACAGACCAACAAGCCCAAGGCUGAGGCGAAGGUGUGGGACAGUGGUAGCCACCAGCCCUCUGUCCCUCUGGUCAAUGGAAACACAACGGUGAACAGUACAUCUCCUCAGAGAGGGGAGCUGAAGGCUGCUGGAGGUAGUGGGCAGAUGAGUCCAGCCAAUACCAGCACAUCUCCCCCUUCUAAGUUGGCAUCAGAACCACGAGUCCUUCCUGCUGUGAGGGUUCCAGUGAAGGGCAUAGAGCUUCCGGAUGUCUCCAGGGAGAAGGGCAGCAGCCAGGCAGUAGAGGGCUGGAUAGAAGAGGCACGCAAGGAGGCUGGCAUCUCCAAGCCGUUCACAGAGUUGUCAGCAGAGCAGCAGGUGCAACUCCAGCAGAGGGCGCUGUACCUGAGGCAGCAGAGGGACAAACUUCAGGCCAUGAAAAGAGAGCAGAGACCCAAACCUGCCACACCAGAGGAACCCCCUGCCCCCACUCCCAGCACACCGGACUAUGUUCCUAAAAUGAACAGGGGUGGUGCUAGUAGUGUACAGGAAGAGAUGGUCAAUGCCUCGCAGCCUGCAAGCUCUCUCGUUGGGGGACAUAAACCCAAGGAGAUCUCUGUCGAAGAUAAAAAGAAGUUACAAAAAAGAAAACAUCUGGCUGAAAAACUGAAAGAGGAAGUCAUCAAGAAGUAAACGCAACUGCAAUAUACACCCCCAAGAGUUUAAUUGUAGUCAAAAUGGUCCGGGACUGUGCUUGAGAAGGGGCAAAAGGAAAGGUAUUCAAAUGGAUCUUUAUAUAGAAUCAGUGGUGCAUUAAUAUUAACUAUGUAAGAUCAUGUAUGCUGUUGAAUAAAUCCUAUUAUUUUAUACACUUUC